GUUGAUGGAAUCCCCUCUUUUUUUUUUUUUUUUUUUUUUGCUUUUAAAUAAAACCAUCUUACACGAUAAAAAGGGUAUAUAAAAUACUAAAAUAUUUUCAUUGCUUCCGUUGCCAAUGCCAUGAACUGAACGAAAAUUGUAUUUGCACGAUCACAAUAAACCAUGAAUUACUUUGUGCCUCACGAAUUCGAUCCCUCUUCUCAAAACCAUGGAUCUUAUGAUCAAUUCACGUAUAAUUCGAAUUCUUAUUCAUAUUCCUACCCAAACCCCCAAUUCAGCAGUAGCAUUCAUCCAUAUUCUUACCAGAAUCCCUAUGUACAACCAUCACAGCACGAAGAACAAGAGCCUAACCCACCUGGGGUGACGCCACCGCCGCCGCCGCGGCCGAUGCCAGAAAUGUGCCGGAAUUCGUAUUAUCAAUACCAAGCUCAGGCCGCCGCCGCUGGUGUUCCGACUGCGGGUCCACAGCCGGCGCCGGUGGAUGCCGGCGUCCAGACGGUGAUUCAUCAGCCGAUUGUACAACCCUUAUACGGAGGUGUUGGCGUUAUGGAUGGAAUAGUCCCUAGAGGAGAUCCCCAUACAUAUCUUGGUCCAAAACUCAAUAUCUCAAGCUCUGCAUUUCGUGUUGAUGGAUUUGACAUAGGUCAUUCUCUGCCUAUGAAUGCAGCAACACCUUUUCAGGACCAUUCAGCAACUGCCUAUGGCGGAAUACACAUCCAAGGUGGGCCUUGUCAACCCCUGUCACAGUCAAUUGGUGAACCCCAUCAUGGUCCCCGACCAAAGGUCUCAGGCCGGACAUAUCGUGUUCGUGGACGUGGCAAAGGCUGUGUACAGCGGAAGCAUGCAGUGGCACCUGCUCAGGACCAAAAAUUAUUAUUUCAAGGCAAAUCAGAAAUCCAAGGAGCGGCUACACUUCCUAUGGUACAGUCCGGUGCAUCAAGUAUUGGCCAAACACUUCUGCCUUUGCAGGCUCCAGCUCAUUCGGCAUCUGUUUCGCCAUCUCCAAAAGUAGUGUCCUGUGAACUCUGCAAGGUUGAAUGCAAUACCCUUGAAGUUCUUCAACAACACGUGAAUGGGAAAAAGCAUAAAAAGAAACUGAAAGUGUUCGAAGAAUUACAAAAUCUCAACAAAAAGGUGAUUAGUGGACAAGCUGAUCAGACGCCUACUAUUGAAUUGAAGUCAGAAGUCGUCUCACAGCCUGACCGGGCUGAGGGGUCUGGGAACCAACAACUUGAACAAGAAGUUUUACCUUCUCAAGAAAUUAAUGAAGAAAGUAAAGUUGCAGGAGAAAAACAUAAGGUGGAGGAGGUGGAACAUCCCGAAGAAUCAGCCAAAAAGAUGAGGGUGGAUCAUUGUGAACGCAUAGGACGUGGGUUCAAGCAUAAAAUGAGAGGUGGUAAGAGCAACAGAAAAAUGAGGCCUUCUGAUCGGCCAAAAAUUUUGGUUCAGCCCCCUAAACCAAAAGAGGUUACACCUUUAGUUUGUGAAUUAUGUAACGUAAAGUGUGAAUCUCUCGCCGUCUUUCAAAGUCAUUUGGCAGGAAAGAAGCACAAAUCAAAAGCCAAGCGCUUCCUAAGCCAAGAAAGAUUUGGACAAGAACUUCCCCAAGCGCAAAGACCAGCAACAAUGCAAGGAUUCAGCGCCUACCAUGUUGCUUCUGCUCAGAAUGUGGAUACUAUGACUAGUGGUGUGGUGGAUCCAGAACCACUUGUAACAAACGCUGGAGCUUCAUUUCUGUUGACUACCGCUACAGGAGGAACAUGGAACAAGGGACGUUCAGAAACUGGAGCAGAAAUGGUAGGCGUCGCUGCUGGUUCUGAGCAGGCAGUUACAUGUGGAACAGCCUUGGAUGGAGGUUCUUCGUCAGAGCAGAAUGUGGUAAGCAUAAUCCAGCCGCCUCCCAACUGACCUCUCGUUUCGAACAUUGUGGAAGCAGAUUUUGAGGUUCUCGCUUGAAUGAGGAAUGCAGCUACAACUGUUGCAUCUUUUGCUAUCUGCAUAUUUUCUUGUCUUUGAAUUCUAAUGACCUCAUAGGUUCCAUCAUUUUGUAUUUGGGAAAAUGGUUCAUCCUAAUGUUGAAGUUUCAGAAAUUCAAAAAGAUGAGUUAUAAA